AUGGAAGAGGAGAAAAGGAAUGUCACUGCUGAUGAUAAAAAUAAGAAGCAAAAAACAAAAGAGGCUAAGGGCAAAGAAAAAAAACAGCACAUAAAGAUGAGUAAAAGAAAGAAACAAGAGAAUGAAGAACAAUUGGAGGAGGAGCGAAAAGAAGAGGCUAAAAGCAAAGAAAAGAAUGAAGGAAGUUCAGAUGAGGAAAAUGCAAAGCAAAGACUGAGACAUAAGACUAGUAUACCUAAGGUGAAAAAAACUAAAGAGCUAGAGUCAUUGCCAUCAUUCAGUAUUGGACUAACACAGAUGGAAGAGGAGGGCAUGAAUGUCACUGAUGAUAAUGACGCCAGCACUAAUUGGAGAUCCGGGUUUUCAUUAUGUAUGCUUCGUUGUGAAUCUCAAGAGCCAAAAAUUUCAAUUCCUGAACAGCUUGAAAGGAGAGACAUUGAACAUGAAGAAUGGCGAAGAGAUUGUGUACAAGAAGAUGUUUGA